AUGACUCAGAAAGUAGUUGUGGUCGGAGCCGGGCCAGUAGGCUCCUUGGCCGCGCUUUAUGCAGCUGUACGCGGGUUUGAAGUGGAUGUCUACGAGCUAAGAGCAGAUCUUCGAGACCCAAACACCACACCGUUAAACUUCUCCAAGUCUAUCAAUCUUGCUCUGUCAGAGCGAGGUAUCCACUCCCUUCGCAAGACCGGACUAUCCGAUCUGGCAGAUGCAGUCCUGGCAGAGACGUUCCCCAUGCAUGGUCGCAUGAUCCAUAUCAGGAAGAAUGGCGAGUAUGUUCGACAGCCACAGAUCUAUGAUGCGAGAGGGAGAAGUUUGUUGGCUAUGGAUCGGACAGGUUUGAACAAGACCUUGCUUGACCAUCUAGAGGCCAUGCCUAACGUCAAGCUCAUGUUCAAUCACAAGUUGGUAGGUGCAGACUUCCGGAAGAAGACCGCGUGGUUUGAGCAUCGUACCAAGUCUCCCGAAGAACAGGGCGACGAGUUCGAAAUCAACUUCGAUCUCAUGAUCGGUGCCGACGGUGCACACUCGGCGGUGCGAUAUCACUUGAUGAAGUUUGUGCCCAUGUCGUUUCAGCAAGAGUACAUCGACAAACUCUGGUGCCAGUUCAAUGUUCCAGCCACACCGGACGGCGAAUUCCGAAUACCUCCAAACUACCUACACAUCUGGCCCCAGGACGAAUCUAUGUUCAUCGCUCUCCCAAACCUAGACAAGACUUUUACAUCAACGCUUUUCUUGACCAGGGAAGGCUUUGACCAAUUGGACGCGUCUGGAAAAGUAGUCGAGUACUUCAAUGAGAAGUUCCCCGGCGUGGUUCCUGAACUCAUCACCGAAGACGAUCUCCGCAAGCAGUACACAUCUAAUCAGCACCUGCCCUUGAUAUCGAUCAAGUGUACUCCAUAUCACUACGGAGAUUCUGGCGUUAUCUUAGGAGAUGCGGCCCAUGCCAUGGUACCAUUCUACGGCCAAGGAAUGAAUGCUGGACUGGAAGACGUCCGCGUUCUUUUCGAUUUCAUCGACAGGUAUCCCAACGAUCGAUCAAAGGCACUAGACGAAUACACCAAGGAGCGCACUCCUGACGCACACACCAUCAACGAUCUUGCCGACGGGAACUAUCGCGAGAUGGCAAGCGACGUCAAGAAGCCUCUAUAUCUACUGCGGAAGUGGGUGGAGGAGCAACUCUAUAUCUACGUUCCGAGCAUUGGCUGGGCCACACAGUAUUCACGAGUCACAUUCAGCAACAUGCGAUACUCCGAGGUUCGGCAAGCGGCACAGAGGCAGGCCAAGAUCCUCAACGGCGUGGCCGGUCUGGUGCUGGCUUCUGUUGCUGGUACCGCUUUCUGGUUCGCGCGAUCUGGUGGCGCACAACACGCGAAAAUGGGCAUCAUGAGAUCGAUCUGCGUCGUUGCGCAGAAGAUGCAGAAGCUCACGGAAGGUUGA